GUUGAGACUGGAGAGAGGAAAUGAGCGCGUUUUCCUUUGGUUACAGGUUGUCCGCAGGCAGAGGCAGUAUUCACGGAAUGAAUAAGGAAGAAACGAAGGAGAAUAUGCGUUUGCAAGCCAGCUAGCUCGGCUCGGCUCAGCUCAGCUCAAGACAAACAUCCAAAUCAAAUUCUACGACUACGACUACGACACUCGCUUCCUCCCUCUAGGCUCUAUAGUUGGAGUUGGGCUUGAAUCCUCCUUGUCCUGUCGUCUUCGUUAACUUCCUUCUGAAUCAGUCAAUCGGACGGCAAGGUACGGCAGCGCAAACAGAUGCGGUACAGAUACAUAGAUAGGUCAUAGGUUAUGCAUAUGCAUAUGCAUAUCCUUGCUUAAUUUCUCUACUAGUAAUAUUUUAUUGCCGAAUGAAUGAUGAUUGACGCGGGCACUGGCAGGCAGGGCAGCCCUCCCCUCCCUACUCCUUCGGAUCUUCACUUAAUCCACAAAUAACCUCUUCUCGUCUCUUCUCUUCUCUGCACUUUCUCCGUCUCAACCUCUUCUUACUCACUUAUAUCUGUUCCUCAUGGCCCCUUGAAUCCUUCACCAUUUUGUUUUACUUUUUCUUUGACCCUUUUUUGUUGUGGGUUUGACGCCGUCUUUUUAAUCGGAUUCGGGCUGGGCUUUGCAGUGCCGUUUUGUCUGCCUAGUCGAGUGCUGUGAGAUGACCUGCUGAUCUGAUGCACUCGCAACAGCUUAUUCAGCACCGAAUUGUUUGUUCUUGUGUUGCCGGCGAUUUAGGGUUUAGCAGGAAGGAAGCUAUGUUGACUUGGGUUUUUUGCUGAUCGAUCGAUCGAUUGGUGCGUGGAUCUCGAUUGCGUACUUCGAUUUACUUUAUUGAAGUUUCCAAGGAAUUGAUUGGCCCUGGAGGGAUGGGGAACACCUGUGUUGGUCCCAGCUUAACGAAGAAUGGGAUUUUCCAAUCGGUUUCCGCCGCGAUGUGGCGAUCCUCUGUCCCCGAAAAUAAUGCUUCAUCCGCCAAUGGAGACUCCGUCAAAAGUGAAGCUCCACCCGAAUCUGAAUCUGAAUCUUCCGGAGUUGUUCAGAGCACGCCGCCGGAGCCGGUAAAAAUCUCAAAGCCAGAAGCGCCGAAGACGCCGGAGCCGGAGAAGGAAAAACCCGCGCAGGAGAAGGAAAAGCCCGCACAGGAGAAGGAGAAGAAGCAUUUCAAGAGGAACACCAGCGCUGGCCUACGGACAGACUCCGUGCUGCAGCGGCGGACUGGGAAUCUGAAGGAGUUUUUCAGCAUUGGGAAGAAGUUAGGGCAGGGGCAGUUCGGGACAACGUUCCUCUGCAUCGAAAAGGAGACGGGGAAGCAGUACGCAUGCAAGUCCAUUGCCAAGCGGAAGCUGCUCUCCGAUGAAGACGUGGAGGAUGUGCGGCGGGAGAUUCAAAUAAUGCACCACCUGGCAGGGCACCCCAAUGUGAUAUCCAUCAAGGGGGCAUACGAGGAUGCCAUUGCAGUCCACCUGGUGAUGGAGCUCUGUGCCGGGGGUGAGCUUUUCGACAGGAUAAUACAGCGUGGGCAUUACACAGAGAGGAAGGCUGCUGAGCUGACGAGGACUAUUGUUGGCGUUGUGGAAGCUUGUCACUCAUUGGGAGUUAUGCACCGCGACCUUAAGCCUGAGAAUUUCCUCUUUGUGGAUCAGAAGGAAGAGUCGCUUCUCAAGACAAUUGAUUUCGGUUUGUCGAUGUUCUUCAAGCCAGGGGAAAAAUUCCACGAUGUUGUAGGCAGUCCAUAUUAUGUUGCACCUGAAGUUCUUCGAAAGCGUUACGGUCCUGAAGCUGAUGUCUGGAGUGCUGGAGUGAUUGUCUACAUUUUGCUCAGUGGAGUUCCUCCAUUCUGGGCUGAAACUGAGCAAGGGAUAUUUGAGCAAGUCUUGCAUGGUGAUCUCGACUUUUCAUCAGAUCCAUGGCCUAGUAUAUCUGAAAGUGCAAAAGACUUGGUAAGAAAAAUGCUGAUCAGAGACCCCAAACAGCGUUUAACUGCCCAUGAAGUUCUGUGCCACCCUUGGGUUCAAGUUGAUGGUGUGGCACCGGAUAGACCUCUCGACUCUGCAGUUUUAAGUCGCUUGAAACAGUUUUCUGCAAUGAAUAGACUCAAGAAAAUGGCUCUUAGAGUAAUUGCAGAAUCCCUAUCUGAAGACGAAAUUGCAGGGCUAAAAGAAAUGUUCAAUAUGAUUGAUGCGGAUAACAGCGGUCAAAUCACUUUUGAGGAGCUCAAAGCUGGUCUGAAGAGAGUCGGUGCAAACCUAAAGGAAUCUGAAAUUUAUGACCUAAUGCAAGCAGCCGAUGUCGACAAUAGUGGGACAAUUGACUAUGGAGAGUUCAUAGCUGCAACACUGCAUCUUAACAAAAUUGAGAGAGAGGAUCACCUGUUCGCUGCUUUCACAUACUUUGAUAAAGAUGGGAGCGGGUACAUCACCCCGGAUGAGCUCCAACAGGCUUGUCAAGAGUUUGGCUUUGAUGAUUCUCGACUGGAAGAAAUGAUUCAUGAAGUUGAUCAAGAUAAUGAUGGACGUAUAGAUUACAACGAGUUUGUUGCUAUGAUGCAGAAGGGGAACCCGAUGGCAGGCGGGGGUAAGAGGGGUUUGGAGAACAGCUUCAGUAUAAACUUUAGAGAUGCACUAAAACUGUGACAGUAACAACUAAUCCAUUAAAAAAAGAUACAAAUUUUCUCACUUUCUUGUUUGGCCAUGCGUUUUUUUCAUCCUUGUGAUUGUAUGUCAAUCUGCUCUUUGUGUUUGUACGACCUGGUUGAUUGGUUGGUAUACUAGGGAACCCAAUAUAUAUAUGUACCUAAAUAGAAUUUUUGGUCUUUUGUGUUAUGGAAUUGAAUUAAAUUGAA